AUGUCCUUUCCCAGUAGCUCUCCUGCGGCCAACACAUUUUUAGUGGACUCUCUAAUUGGUGCCUGCAGGACGGACAGCUUUUACUCCAACAGCAACAUGUACAUGCCGUCUGGCUCAGAAAUGGGAACUUACGGAAUGCAAACCUGUGGACUCCUGCCGUCUUUCGGCAAAAGAGGGGAGGUCAACCACCAAACUAUGGGCAUGAAUGUCCACUCGUACAUACCUCAAAUAGAUAACUGGACUGAUCCGAGUAGACCCUGCAGAAUAGAGGCGCCCAGUCAGAUUUCAAACUGUACAUUUUCACAGAGCAUAAAGGAAGAGAGUAACUGCUGCAUGUACUCCGAUAAGAGAGUACAAAAAGUCAGCUCGACAGAGGUCCCCGCAUAUUCUAACGUUAUCCCCGAAUCCUGUCCACCAGUCGAUGGCCCAGAGAUCCCGGUUCCGGGCUAUUUCAGACUGAGCCAAACUUAUGCGAACGGGAAGCAUCAGGAAAACUACUGCCAUGAGCCGCCGAGCCCAAACCCGACGCUGAUGCAGCUCAGCCGGGUCACCCCGAAGGCGCAGUCGUCCUCUACUAAUUUUGCAGAGGUGGAAAAGAAAAUCGAGGACGUCCCGCAAAAGCCGGAGACCACGAGCCCGCCGGUGCCCGCAGAGGAAAGCCCGGAUCCUAAGUCCGGCUCGGAGGAGAAAAGCUGCUCAGUGGAAGCUCCAGUGUCCAGCCCUGAGCUGCUCCACAAGGAAGGGAAAGAUUGCAAGAGUGACUCGUUGACGAACAACUGGUUAACGGCGAAAAGUGGCAGAAAGAAAAGGUGCCCCUACACAAAGCACCAGACCUUGGAGUUGGAGAAGGAGUUUCUGUUCAAUAUGUACCUGACCCGAGAGCGCCGCCUAGAGAUCAGCAGGAGCGUCAACCUGACCGACAGGCAGGUCAAGAUCUGGUUUCAGAACCGCAGGAUGAAGCUGAAGAAAAUGAACAGGGAAAACCGCAUCCGUGAACUGACCUCAAAUCUCACCUUUUCGUGA